UGACUUGGUUUGCCGCUGUGUGGUUUUCUUCAAGAUGGCGGGGCUGCAAUUGAGGCAGUAUGGCGGCGCGUCGAGAAUUCAAAUAAUUUAGAAAGGUAGUUAGGUGCCCAACAGGAGACAGCCGUGUCACAUUUAUCGAUCCCAGAAGAUCCCAGUGGAGGAUGAGCAGUGCCUAGAUCCCAUAUUAAGCUGAAUGCAUUGUGAUUUCCAAUAAUUGAGACAGUGAUUCUGAAAGCUGUCUACAUUAAUGAAAAGAACAAUGUAGUCAGCUUAGCAUUUUCACCGCUGGUACGUGGUCUAUACAGGGAUGUGCUUCUGCAUGUAUUCUGGGUUUAGAUAAGAAGGAAGUCUCAACAGGUCAGAUUUUAGAAUAAAUUAUCAGUCUGUAUAAGUUGUAGUUUGUAAUACAGAGGACAUGGAGAUAGAUGAUGUUCUACCCCCUCUCCCCUUGGAGCCACCUGAUGAUUUUGGCCAAGAUGAGGGCAGAGCACCUCCACCACCUCCCCUGCAAACGUCCAGUGACGCAGAGGUAAUGGACGUUAGCUCUGGUGGUGAUGGAUACACAUACACCCCAGGGGAUGGGGAAGCCCAGCCACAGCAGCCCCUCACCAUGGGCUCAGUAACUUUCUGUAGCCACCUCUCAGAUGAGGCCAAUCCCAACCCACCGUGCCCCAGAACAGCCCGUCACGCUCCCCCGGUCACCAAGUUUCUACCAGACCUCAAGCUGCUCAGAGACGUUAAGAUCCGUGUGAGCUUCACUGAAAGCAGCAGUACUAAGGACAGGAAGGUUUUGUACACAGGUGAAGGGCAGGAGGGAGGAAGUGAUGACGGUUUAGACAGCCUGAAUGGUGAGUUGCAUGACUCGACUAGUGAGCAGGAGGUAGCUGAAGGUAGCUCUGGAGCAAGGAACGCAGCAGGUAGAUCGUCAGAGGAGGCUGAGGUAGACCUGGAAAACAAGGUAGAGUUUGCUGUCCUGGAUGAGUUGGAGGACUUCUACGAGAACUUCCUGGAUCAUGACGAUGGGGAGCAUGGCGGCUUUAAGUCUGAGGUCAUAGUACAGCAGGAGCAAGCAGAUGACGAGGCUGUGGCUUACUCCUAUGAGGAGGAGUUUGACAAUGAUGUCGAUGCUCUGCUGGAGGAGGGCAUGCCAGUUCCAAAAAAGAUGCGUCCGGCUGAAGACAAAUAUGGCGGGGACAGUGACCAUCAGUCAGAUGGUGAAGGAGGUGUUCAGCCCAUGAUGACCAAAAUUAAGACUGUCCUGAAGAGUCGGGGCCGUCCUCCCACUGAGCCUCUACCUGAUGGAUGGAUCAUGACAUUCCAUAACUCAGGCAUUCCAGUCUACCUGCAUAGAGAGACCAGAGUGGUCACCUGGUCCAGACCCUACUUCCUUGGGACUGGCAGUAUAAGGAAACAUGACCCUCCUACUAGCAGCAUCCCUUGCCUACACUACAAGAAAAUGAAGGAUCAGGAGGAAAGAGAGCUGAAUGGGGAGGUGACGCUUAAUGCAGAGGAGUCUCUCAAACCCAGUGUGGAGGCCAACGGUGAAGACGGAGUAAGCAAUUCAGAGGCUACAGCUGAAGAGCAGGAUGGCAUCCCUACCUCCAGUCUGACUGACAGCGGCCCAGAUAAAGAAGGUACCACCAUUAACAGCCUGCAGGGUAAAGAGCCCCAGCCCUGUGACACUGCACAAGGAGCUUUAGGACAGGUCAAGGCCAAGGUGGAGGUGUGCAAGGACGAGUCCAUAGAACUUGAAGAGUUUCGUCUGUACCUCGAAAAAUGCUUUGACUUUGAACAAGUCACUGUAAAGAAGUUUCGUACCUGGGCUGAGCGAAGGCAGUUCAACAGAGACAUGAAGAGGAAACAAGCAGAGUCAGAGAGACCUAUCCUGCCUGCAAACCAGAAACUUAUCACACUGUCGGUCCAAGAUGCACCCACCAAGAAAGAAUUUGUCAUCAACCCGAAUGGAAAAUCUGAAGUUUGCAUCUUGCAUGAAUAUAUGCAACGUGUCCUAAAGGUUCGACCUGUUUACAACUUUUUUGAAUGUGAGAACCCAAGUGAACCCUUUGGAGCAUCUGUUAUUAUAGAUGGAGUAACUUAUGGCACAGGAACUGCAAGCAGUAAAAAACUUGCCAAGAAUAAAGCUGCUCGAGCCACACUGGAAAUCCUCAUCCCUGACUUUGUGAAGCAGACCUCGGAGGAGAAGCCUGUUGAGGGUGAUGAACUGGAGUAUUUUAAUCAUAUCAGUAUAGAAGAUUCGAGGGUGUAUGAGCUGACCAACAAAGCAGGACUACUUUCGCCAUAUCAGAUUCUUCAUGAGUGCCUUAAAAGAAACCAUGGAAUGGGAGACACCAGCAUUAAAUUCGAGGUGAUCCCAGGGAAAAACCAGAAGAGUGAAUACGUGAUGACAUGUGGGAAGCACACUGUGCGUGGCUGGUGCAAGAACAAGAGGGUUGGCAAACAACUAGCAUCUCAGAAGAUCUUGCAGAUGCUUCAUCCCCACGUGAAGAACUGGGGCUCACUGCUGCGCAUGUACGGCAGGGAAAGCAAUAAGAUGGUCAAGAAGGAGAACUCAGACAAGAGUGUGAUCGAGCUGCAGCAGUAUGCCAAAAAGAACAAGCCAAACCUCCAUAUCUUGAACAAACUGCAAGAAGAAAUGAGGAAACUAGCCACGCAGAGGGAGGAAACUAGGAAGAAACCCAAGAUGACCAUAAUGGAGUCUGCCCAGCCAGGGAGUGAACCCCUCUGCACUGUUGACGUUUGAGUCUCUGAAUCACUGAUGAACCACGGCACUGAAACCCAGUCACUGUCAAACAUCACACACCACCAUCCAUCACUUACUUAUGCAUCACUAAGAUCCAAUGGCAAUAUAGUGACACAUUGACCAGGCCGGUAGAACCGCUUGCUUUCUUCACCCAUGUUUUAUUGGUUCAGCUGGUAGAUGUAAGGGUAUGUUUAAAUGCACUAACAGACAGUAGAGCAAAUAUCGUCUACCUCUCUAGAUGCAUCCUCGCUAUGGCACUAGAAAAAAAAUAAAAAUAAAAAAAUUACCAGGCCUCCAGAGAAGUUAACCUGACUUGAUUACCCCUUCAAAAUAAAAAUGCAUGCUUCUCUGACAGCGAAAAAAAAAGAAACACACUGCACACCUUGGUUUUGUUUUGAAGUGUUGUUUUUCACCAGUUGCAACCUUGCAAGCACCUGUUACUUUUGUUUGAGCUUCAAGUAUUUGAAAGGGACUACUAAUACUUGUUUAUUUAUACCAUUCAUUUUAAUUGGGUAACACAGUUACUUGUUUAUUGGGUAUUUUAAUGAGUGUUAUGGAUAUUUGGGGUGAUGAAUACACAAUAUGCCAUUUUGUUUUUCCUCAGAAUGGACAGUUGCUGUCUUGGUUUGCACGAUUUAAAAACAUGCGUUGUGAAGUGAUCACUAUUCAGUAACUAUUGUUAUGCACUCGUGUCCUCUGAUAUUUUCGUUGACUGAUCAUGCUGUUGGUACAGAAACCAACUGCAUCUGGGAUAUUUAGGGUGACUUUUUAUUAUUAUUUGGAGGGACUUGUUGCCUUUCUCUCUCUCUCUCUUUUCUUUUGCUUUGGUAAUACAAGAGACUUCUCCCCAUACCAACACUGCAGUAAAUCCAAGAACUGGGCCACAAAGUACUGUCAUGUGUUCAAGGUAAAGGAUUGUGUCUUUUAUGCUCUUUAGUUCACGCUAGCUUUUUAUUGAAGUACUAAUGCCAUGCACACCAACUAACAACAUUACAUUUCAGUAGCUUUUCAUUUUUGGUGCCCUUAAAACACAUCGGCUACAUGUUGCCUUAGUUAACUCAUUUCAUGAAGGGCUCAGAGUAUAUACAAAACAUUGGACCUAAAACACCCUUCAGCAGGAAGUGGAAAGACCAAGCCCCUUUACUUGAUGAAGCAUUUAUUCUUUAGCCGGUUUGUAUUUUAAUAAAGACAGCCUGUAAACCAUCUGAUACUUCAAGGAAAAAUGCCUACAGCAUGGGCAGAUUUAAGACUUGUCUUAAUGGGUUGUGUAUUUUGUGUACGUUUGCCACCAUUGUGACAGUUGAAUAUGUUUUCUGACCAGAAGUAGAAUACAUUUUUCAUAAGGCAGCCUUGCAAAAUGUAGUUGGCACACUGACGUGAACAAAAUACUAUCAAGUCAUUUAGCCCGACAAAAGCUGACAAAACUGUGCAUACCAAAGCUUAAAUCCAGUCUUAUGCAUUUUCUAGAAUAAUGUUGCUGCAAACUGUACAGUCUAAACAAGUUACACAGGACAAUAUGUAGACUCCUUACUUCCUGGAACAAAAUAGAAACUACUGUGCAUUCUUUGUCAAGUAUUUGGCCUGUGGUUUUUCUACAAAACAUUCAAAGGACACGUCAGUUUAAACACAAGGCUGUAGUGAUAUUGUAGAUCGCUUAAAGAAUGUGCUUUCCCCUCUGUGCGUUUGUCGUCUUGCCAAGUGUGUGAAGAGUUUAAGAAAAAUGCUUUUACAUGUGUUGCUGCCUAGAAAAUGAAGUAUGUAUUGCAACCUGAGCUCCAUGACUUCAGUGAUGUUUGUUUAUGCAAAAUAAAAUGUCUUGACUAAUUAGAUUUGGCUUUGUUUUUAUUCAGUCACAGAACGAUGAAACGGGUAAAGCUAUGUAUUCCAUGGUAUCCCGUUUGUGGAGCAUUGUCCUUAACAGUUGAACAAGGAUUCA